GUCAUUUGAUUCUCGGCGCCUAUUUUAGGUACAUAAUUUUUUGUAUCCCAUCCAUCUCUGAUAUGUGUGUGGCUGUAGCUACCACACCUUGUGGCGUGUGCCAAGACAUUUUUCACCCGCCGGAGCUCCCCGCAUUUACCUAAGCACUAUCCAGCAAACAAAAAAAAAAAACUGACCAUUUAUCGAAGCUCUAUUAUCAUAAUUUUUAGCUCCGAAAGAUCCAAUCGCAGAUACUUGGAAUUACAAAACUCGAGUUUAGUCUUGGGGGUUGAAGGCAAUUGGCAAGAUGUCGCGAUCAAUACCGAAUCCGAAACCUCUCCUCCGAUCUCUCAUACAAAACCAGAGUCGAGCCCGAUCGUGCGCGCAAUCGCAGCAGCAGCAGCUAUGUCGGCGGUUCAUCUCUACAUCUACACCUACAUCUACAUCUACAUCCACAACAUCCUCUAGACCACGAAUAACCCCCCUCUCCUCUCCACAAAAUACUGCCAGCCCCCACAAAGAACAACGCAGAUAUAAAGCGAAAACCGUCGAGGAGGCACGGAGUCGAUACCGCACGGGUCCGUUUUCAUGGAAAGCGGGGUUGUUGUUUGUGAUUGCGGGUGGGGGGUUAAUGUGGUAUUUCGAGCGCGAGAAGGAGCGUAUGCAGAGGAAACGGGUUGCUGCUGCGACGAAGGGGGUUGGCAAGCCGAAGGUUGGGGGCAGGUUUGAGCUUGUGGAUCAGGAGGGGAGGGUGUUUGGUAGUGAGGAUUUGAAGGGGAGGUAUAGUUUGGUGUACUUCGGCUUCACACAUUGUCCCGAUAUAUGUCCCGAGGAACUCGAUAAGAUGGCGCGUAUGUUCGAUCUCGUACAGGAGAAAGCGCCCGAUGCGCUUACGCCUGUGUUUAUUACUUGCGAUCCAGCGCGUGAUGAUCCGAAGGUGUUGAAGUCGUAUUUAAAGGAGUUUCAUCCGAGUUUUAUUGGGUUGACGGGAGGGUAUGAACAGAUUCGCGAUGUGUGUAAGGCGUAUCGAGUUUACUUUAGUACACCCCGUGAUGUGAAACCGGGGCAGGAUUAUUUGGUCGAUCAUAGUAUUUACUUUUACCUUAUGGAUCCGGAGGGUGAUUUCGUGGAGGCGUUGGGACGGCAGCAUAGCCCAGAUCAAGCAGCGAAGGUUAUCCUGGAUCAUAUGAAGGAUUGGAGGGGUCCUUUGAGGAAGUAGGGGGUUGAGCUAAUAGGAGAAUAAAAAGAGGUUGGGGUGUAUAUAUGCGAUGAUGCGGGUUGGCACUCUCCUACUCGAAUUGUGAUAUUAUAAUUGAUACUUGGUAUCAACUGACAAGACAUGGCUAUUGUAUAUAAAGAAUUAAAGUCAACCUUCCGUAUAAGAUAUCUUGAUACUGGCAUCACAUAAUGUGCCAAACAAAGAGAUAGUACUUCUACUAAUUGCUCAAGUACUGAUUAAAUAACGUAGAGUAGUGACUAUUCUAUUUGAUAUUAUCAUGCAUGUAUUCUAAAAAUGAUAUCAUAUUCAGCA